ACUGCUGUGCAGUCCAGCUAGGGAGCAGUUUGUGUGUGUGAGUAAAUUGGUUAUAGACUCAAGCUUUCUGGAUGACUAUGAACUUCACCGCUAUCAAUGAAGGACCAGGAUACGAGACACCACUGGGGAACCUGCGCAGCCUGUCCACACCUUUUUCAAAGGUCAACGACCUCUGAGAAAGGAUCGAUCCAGUUUCAGUUGGAUUUGUCAAUGAAACUGAACUUUGAUUUAUCCGAUGUGUGCUUUUAUCAAGUGAAGAGAUGGCUAAGGUGUACAGGGUCUGUGUAGGAAUCAUAACAGCUCUGGCUUUGUGCAAAUACUCUCUGGCAGAGUGGAAUGUCACCGAGGAGUCUGCCAACCACACUGUGUCAGACUGUCAUCACCAUGGCGACAGAGUCAAUUGCACAGACGAUACAGGUCAGUGGAAUGGUCACUUCUCUAAGUGUCCCGAGGAACUGACACACUACUGCGUCCACGGGGACUGCCGUUACAUCAUAGAACAGAAGACACCGUCUUGCAGAUGUAUGCAUGGUUACAUUGGCUCCAGGUGUGAAUAUGUGGACCUGGACUGGCGGAUAGGAGAGAAGCGACACAUAAUAGUUGUUGGCGUCAUUGCCGGGCUCAUUUUACUCAUUCUCCUCAUUGUAUUCAUCUGCUGCUUUUCACACCGUAGGAGCAGAUUGUGUCGUUGGAAGAGGAGACGGAGCGAAGAACCAAUGAACGGAACAGAGAAACACAGCAUGAUGGACACAGCACACACAACUUUAGACUUAAAAGAGGCACCAGAAACCAACGCUGUUUAAGAGCUGAGUGUGAGCUCAUGUGCGACCACAAGUCUGGGGAAUUGUUGGGACCCAAGGGAUUUUGUCCUUUGAUGUGACAGCUGCUGCCCUCUGUCUCACUGUGUUGGUAGAGUGCUGCAAGAAGUCCAUCCUGUGCUGGAAGGGACUAAAGCCUGCUCUAAGGAUGGACAUUUCUGGAUAAAAUUUAUAUCUGGCUGUGUUAGCUCCAGCAGAAACAGAGACGUUUGCAGCCCUGUCUAAGACUUUGAUGAAGCUUUGGAACAGAGGAUGCCUUCCUGGAUUUUUGAUAAACACAAGCAAGAGAUGAUUGUUCAGCUGGUUCUGAGUUGGCAGGGAGGAUCUUUUUUUUCCAGUGGCAUGGAGCCACAUCCACUUGUAGCCUUUGACUUAGCAAUGCUGACUGCAUAGCACUGAAUAAUUUGUUGCUAUGUUGGAAAAAGCUGUGCCACCAGCUGGCAGCUGGUGAUAAUAGCUGAUCAGGUUAUUAGUGUGCAUAAUGAGUGAGUGAAAAGGAAGAGAAGGAACUGUGUGAAGACAUGCACUCCAUGUCCUUAGAAAACUCUUGUCACGUAAAUAAGUUAUUAAAUGUUUAGAAAGAUGCAGCUAAAGGGUGCCGUUUAAGAAAGCUUUAUCAUUGUGUCAUACUGUUUCUACUUUCUUUAUUGCAGGUUUGACUCACACAUGUACGAUUUUCAUAAUCAACCUCACAAAAAUCAACAGUUAACUUAAUUUAUUCCUCUUUUCAAAGCAAAGUCUCCACAUUAACUUACACAGAAUAUUGUUACUCAUCAACAUUAGCAAUGCAAGAAAAGCUUUCUAUAUACUAAAUGGUACAUUUAUGGACUCCAGAGGUUGGAGGAGGACAAGGAGAACUUGUGCAGAAGGCUUUUUUGAACUGUAUAUUUGGAGUGGAGCAGCGUCCAAGCUUAAGAGGCAGAACAGCAGAUCCUGUGUGUGGAGGCUCCAACGACGUGAAAGUGUUCCACUGUGCGAGACAGAUUCUAGACAGCCAGCCCCUCUCUAGAUUUCAAAUGUUUAUCUGUAUUAAGAUUAAAAGUAGGGUGAAGAGAGUUUGGAGAGAGUCAGUAGAGUCUGUUUAUAUGGCACCUUUAAUAAAUGAGUGUACUGUAAA